AUGCGCGCCAAUUCGAUACUCUUUUUAUUUUUGGUGUUUUCUUUUGUUUUUGAUUUGAGCGUUUCCGAUGAGCCGCCGAAUGGCGUUGAAGAGCCGGGAGUUGUGAUGAAAGUUGUUCGCCGAGAAACGGCUCCCGAUAAAGAGCUCGAGACUGUUGAGCGGAGCAAACGACGAAGCAGCAGCAAUAAGCGGAAGAAGGGACGAAAGUCGGGAUAA